CCGGGAGGCGGCUGGGUGGGAGCAGCGGCACGGACUGCCCCGGACGGCGGGGUGGGCGCCCGGUUCUAAAGGGGGUGCGCGGCGGAGGUCCUGCCCGCCGGGCCCGGGUGGCUGCUCGGCCCGAACAGGAGCAGGAGGUUUCUCACGCCCGUGCCUCGGGGGAGUGGCGCUUCUGUUCCUCAAUGGAAAAGGUGUUGAAAACUGCCCACGGCACCAUGGAAACACUCAGACAAAGCAGUCAUCUACUGACACUGGUGAGGAAUUGCUGGGCAGAGUGAGGGAGAUGAAGAGCUCCAACCAUCGCUCCAGUAUGGCAGCAGCAGAAUCUGACAAAGACUCCGGAUAUUCAGAUGGAAGUUCAGAAUGCCCAAGUGCUAUGGAGCACACGGACUCGGAGGAUGUGCUGAAUGCGCUGUGUUGGAAUGCAGAGGAUGGACCUUGGCAAUGCCCGAGGACCACAAGCAGCUCCUUUCCUGCCCUAUCUCCUAUGGUGGUUAUGAAAAAUGUGUUGGUUAAGCAGGGCAGUUCAUCACAGCUCCAGUCUUGGACUGUGCAGCCAUCCUUUGAAGUGAUUCCAGCUCAGCCACAGCUAGUGUUUCUUCGUCCAUCAAUCCCACCUCCCAUUAGUCCUCACCCUGUUGGGAAAAAGAGAAAUGACUCCACUAAUUACCUGCCCAUCCUGAAUUCUUAUCCCAAAAUAGCACCACAGCCCUGCAAAAGAGAUCACUCCUUUGAUCUAGAAGAAUGUCAGGAAACCACUUGCCAUAAACGACUCUGCACAGAAGCACCCAAGAUGGAGGCUUCUCCUGGACUGAUGAGCACAGGCUUGUCUACUAGUUCUUUUUCCCACCUACCAGUUAGCUUUAAGACCCCUCAGGAUUCUAGCCAGCAAAGUUCUUCAGCACUGGUGACAAGUGGAAAACUGUCAGCUCUUCCUGGUUUUCAUCGUGUUUCCAGCGAUGCUCAGAAGGUGCCAGGUUUGACUCCCCUUUUGCCUUUUGGAGCUCUGCAGGCAGCAAAGUGCACCCUUCCCGAGGGCGAGAGUGCGUCACAGGCUGCGGUGCCUGCUGCAGUGUGGAGCCCUCCGUUGGUACCAGAGGAGAUUUGCAGCACCCCCGAGCUGCUCUUGCAGCAGCAAAGCAAGUGCAGGCGCUUUCAGAACACGCUGGUGGUGCUGCGCAGGUCGGGACUGCUGGAGAUCACCCUAAAAACCAAGGAGCUCAUUCAUCAGAACCAGGUGACGCAGGCUGAGCUGGACCAGCUGAAGCACCAAACACAGCUUUUCAUAGAGGCAAUAAAGAACAAUGCUCCACAGUCAUGGGCAGAGCUAGAAGCAUCCCUAACAGGAUCUGAUAAAGCUGAUAGCAACCUCGAAGACCCCACUUAUCCCAACAUGUAGUAAAAAUGUGCAUAGCUGUUGGUCAAGCUAUUUCUGUGCCUCCUUUUUCCUGUCUCAGACUUCUACUUGAGCAUUUUUUGAGUCCAAGAUUUGUAGCGUUGAAUUGCCAUUAACAAUUUGUCUUCAGAGCCAGCUGUGGGACUGGAAUAGCAUGGUGGGUUCCAGGCAGAAUGGGUACUUAGUACUGUAACGUGACCUUGAAUUUCAUGCUCACUCUGUGUGAUUCGUUGGUCUGAAGAAGUUUGUAUGUGUUCUGCUGGCAUGUUCCCAUUCUUGAAGUGAAGACAGUUGUUUGCAGUAUUCUGCAACCAUCUUCUUAUUCCCAUUUCAGAUAGUUGUUUCUGAGAGUGCAGCAGCAGAACAGGCCCCACUGUUGGGCCAUCAUCACUUCCAAGUAGGUGAAAGGAGUUGGUGUGAUGUGAAAGAAGUCCUUCUCCCAUCCCCUUCCUUAUUUUUCUUAUUUAGAGAAAUGGAAUAGAGAGGAGAAUUUGAAGUUCAGAAUAUGUAUUUUUAGGAAGCGGUUGCCCUAGAAAACAAGAUGAUGGGCUCAGGGUACGUAGAGAUGAAAGGGAGGCAGAAAAAAUGAAGUCCUAUCGUAGCUGUUUGAGACAAGGAAAAAUGAGUCCACCAGUGACCUUCUCCAUUCUAUAUCCACUGCUCUAAUAGAGUAUAAAGGAAUGAAAAACUUGCUUUGCAGGGCAGUACCCUUUGACUUAGGGAGACUUAGCUGGUGGAAAUCUCUCAUAGUCCUUAUAGUACCACAUGGACUUUUUCUCUGACAGUAUGGAGGGUGGGCUGAAGUGGGUGUGCUUACAGCUAAUGGGCCUUUCUGCUGGUGUAAUUUGUAUAAAUAUAUGUUCAAUAAAUCUGUGAAUAAAGUUCAGCAGCUGGUUAGAAAUCUCCUACUGGGCAUCAGUCCAGACUUAAAUAGUAUUUACUGAACUAGAAAAAUCCACUCUGGAACUCAUACUUAAAUCUGGGGCUCCUUAGGAAGCAUAUCCCUGGAUAAUGGGAAACCUUAACUCAACAUCUAUAAAAAAAUAAGGAUGUUGAAGGUUUCUGGUGGUAAAUGUGUCAUCAGGUACCAUUCUGUUCCGUUUUCUUAGCUGCCUUUAUUCCUGGGAGCCCUGAUAAAGCUUUAAAACAAUAAGGGCUUUCCUUUCUUGGCUGCAAUGUAAUAAAAUAGGUUAGCUAGGAAAUGCCUUUGGAAAAUUAGUUGACUACAUCAGGACCAGGAUACGUCCAGAUUCUGGGCAGGAUCUGAAAGUGGUGCAGUAAAUUUGAACAGAAGUGUUAGCCUCUGAAUGGAAACUGUAAGCAGUGAACUCACAGUUUCUUUUGAUCCUCAAAGCAGCAAGAUUUGGUGUUAAGAAGUUAGCUGAAACAGUCUUGGUCUAAUCAAUCAAAUGGCCUGCUGCAACUUCAGCUAUUGCUGAAAACUUACAAAUGGGGUAGCUUGAUGUGUCAGAAAGACUGGUUUUUGUAUUGUUUUAAUAAAUGUUGAUAUUUUUGAUUACUUUUACUAUAUCUUUUUGAAAUUCUACUGUUCUAGUUGGAAUGCAGGUAUUUUCUGUACUUUCAAAGCCCAUUGCUAGCUCUGAAUACAGUAGCCUAACACCUCUGUUAUAGAACAUGAACUUUUUGCUAAAACUUUACAGAAGUUGACUGUGAAAUAUGAAUCAAAUAAAGUAUGUACUUGAAAAAGUUUA